CAUGCACGAGAACGCCUCCUCUCAAAUGGUCGCUUGUCGCUUUAGUGUUAACACUCACUGCGCCGUGUCGCUCUGCUACUCAUCAACCCUAGAUAUAGGUACGGGGGCGAGAAGUAUUUGAACUCAACGUCAAACGCUAAAUGAACUCAGACAGCCAGUGACAAGUGGGAGAAGUGACAGUCAAGAAGCUCGACUUUUGGCUAGCUAUAGUUACUAUUAUAAUUAGGCACCAAGUUACUUUAGCAUAAUGUCGUUCAUUAUGAUGAAGAAAAAGAAAUUCAAAUUUAAGGUAGAUUUCGAGUUGGACGAACUAUCUUCUGUUCCCUUUGUUAACGGGGUCCUGUUCUGCAAAGUACGACUGCUAGACCGUGGCUUUACAGAAGAGUCCUCUCGGGAGCAGGUCCAGGCUAACUGUGUGUGCUGGAGGAAGAGGUUCUCUUUCCUGUGUAAGAUGAGUGCCAACGCUGGGACAGGAGUACUGGACCCCUGUGUGUGUCGGGUGUCUGUGCGCAAGGAAAUGAAGGGUGGAAAGACCUUUGCCAAGCUGGGUUUUGCUGACCUGAACCUGUCAGAGUUUGCUGGCUCUGGUAGAACGACGCGCCGAUGCCUACUAGAGGGUUACGACACCAAGAACUCCAGACAGGACAACUCUAUACUCAAGGUUGUCAUUAGUACACUGCUCAUGUCUGGGGACCCCUGCUUUAAAACGCCACCGUCCACGGCCAUGAAACUGGGCCUUCAGCAGGCUGAGGCAGAGUGUCUCCACGAAGACAGGAAGGGAGGGGACACACAAACACCCUGCCUCGCCGUCCCAGAGCCCCCAGGGAAGUGUGUAUCUGUUCCUGAUGAACUGGGAGCAUGUGGCCAUUCUAGAACGUCCAGCUACGCCAGCCAACAGUCCAAAGUCUCAGGCUACAGCACAGGUCACUCGCGCUCUUCCAGCCUAUCAGAGCUCACGCACAAGAGGAACCCCUCAGCAGGCUCCGCCUCGACGGGCAUUGCAAGCAUUCUUGAACCCAGAGAGGACCGGGGGACUGAGAGGGGGGAGAAGGAGGCCCGCUCUACACCCCCGGUCUCUAUCACCUGUGCCUACUUCCCCGUGCCUGAAUAUCACCCCACCCCCGCAAAGAGCUCUGCCUCCGAGAGACUGAGCAGGCAUCUGAUGAAGCAGAACUCAGUGGAGUCUCAGCUGAAGAGAGUGGAUGCUACCCGGGUGGAUGCGGACGACGUUGUGGAUAAGAUCCUCCAGAGCCAGGACUUCAGCCACGGUCUACUGGACUCCAGCACUGAGGAGGAGGGGCUCAAGCUGUUUGUUGGUCCUGGUGGAAGCACGGCGCUGGGCAGCCAACACACCAGGGUUGGGGCUGGGCCCUACGAGCAGGUGGUGAUCAAACGCUAGCCCCCAGGGGGAGCGGACAUGUGAGACUGCUUCCCCUAGUGUUAAAGGAAGAAGGUGACCUGAGGUUCAUGUCAGCUUGUUUUUGAGAAGAAAGAGGAGGAUAUACAGUGCAUUCGGCAAGUGUUCAGACCCUUUCCUUUUCGCACAUGUUAUGGCCUUAUUCUAAUGUUUUCCUCAUCAAUCUACAAACAAUACCCCAUAAUGACAAAGUGAAAACAGGUUUUUAAAAAACAGAAAUACCUUACCUACUGAAUCCCGAGUGGUCCAGUGGUCUAAGGCGCUGUGCCACUAGAGAUUCUGGGUUCGAGUCCAGGCUUUGUCGCAGCCGACUGUGGCUGGCUUCCGGUUUAAGUGGGCAUUGUGUCAAGAAGCAGUGCGGCUUGGUUGGAUUGUGUUUCGGAGGGCGCACAGUUCUCGAACUUCGCCUCUCCCGAGUCCGUACGGGAGUUGCAGCGAUGAGACAUGACUGUAACUAAUUGGAUACCAAGAAAUUGGGGAGAAUAAUAGUAAUGCCCUUUGCUAUGAGACUCGAACUUAAGCUCAGGUCCAUCCUGUCUCCAUUGAUCAUCCUUGAGAUAUUUAUAGAACUUGGUUGGUCCACCUGUGGUAAAUUCAAUUGGACAUGAUUUGGAAAGGCACACACCUGUCUAUAUAAGGUCCCACAGUUGACUGUGCAUGUCAGAUCAAAAAACCAAGCCAUGAGGUCGAAAGGAUUGUCUGUAAAGCUCAGACAGGAUUGUGUUGAGGCACAGAUCUGGGGAAGGGAACCAGAAGAUGUCUGCAGCAUUGAAGGUCCCCAAGAACACAGUGGCCUCCAUCAUUCUUCAAUGGAAGAAGUUUGGAACCGCCAAGACUCUUCCUAGAGCUGUCCUCCCGGCCAACUGAGCAAUUGGGGAGAAGGGCCAGACUCCCCCUUUGUGGUGAAGUGGCCAGACGGAAGAAUGCUUCUCAGUAAAAGGCACAUGACAGCUCGCUUGGAGUUGGCCAAAAUGCACCUAAAGGACUCUCAGACAAUGACAAACAAGAUUCUCUGGUCUGUUGAAAUUAAGAUUAAACUCUUUGGCCUUAAUGCCAAGCAUCCCGUCUCGAGGAAACCUGGCACCAUCCCUACGGUGAAGCAUGGUGGUGGUGGCAGCAUGCUGUGGGGAUGUUUUUUAGUGGCAGGGACUGGGAGACUAUUCAGGAUCGAGGGAAAGAUAAACAGAGAAAAGUACAGAGAUCCUUCAUGAAAACCUGCUCCAGAGCGCUCAGGACCUCGGACUGGGGUGACGGUUCACUUUCCAACAGGACAACAACCCUAAGCACACAGCCAAGACAACCCAGGAGUGGCUUCGGGACAAGUCGCUGAAUGUCCUUGAGUGGCCCAGCCAGAGCCCGGACUUGAACCCAGUCGAACAUCUCUGGAGAGUCCUGAAAAUAGCUGUACAGCGACUCUCCCAAUCCAACCUGAUAUCGCUUGAGAAGAAUGGGAGAAACUCCACACAUACAGGUGUGCCAAGUUUGUAGUGUCAUACCCAAGAAGAUACGAGGCUGUAAUCGCUGCGAAAGGUCCUUCAACAAAGGGUCUGAAUACUAUAUAAUAUAUAAUGUUCUCUCUAUCCAGAGGGGGUAGUGUUUCAAUCCUGCAGGCCUUAUGUAACAUUUUUAGAUCGGUAGGAGAAUACUGUGCUCUUACAACAAAAAGGGCUUGUGAUUUUUUUUUAAUGGAAGUCAAAUGGUUCUAGGUUAUUACUCUGGGAGGUAUGUUGUAAUUUACAGUUGUAUGUUGCUGCUUGACAUGUUCACUGUGUAAAAUGUGCAGGGGGUGUAGUGGAGGACAGAAGUAAACAAAGUUGACCCAGCAAUUUUUUUGGGGUGCAACAGUUUAUCUACCUUUUGCGGAAAAAUGCAUUGAAAGUAUAGGGAUGGAUCAGUUUAUCAACAAAUAAAAAAAUUAACAAAUGUGUGGUGUUCCACACGUGCGCACAGGUGUUUUUAACUGACAAAAUGUGAUCAUUUCCCACAAUGACCUUAAAACUGACUAAAGAACUAUACACACACAGGUUGUGUGAUGUCAUCGACCUACAGGUGCCUGAUUCUGUCGUGUGAACAAAGAGGAACUGACAGUAUGUUUAGCUAUACAUGAAGACUCGAGCCGGGAAUUAAGAUUCUAUAAGCAGCGGUAUAUGGUGCCAGAUGGUGCCAGAUGGUGAGAGAGAGGGAGGAGGAGUGUUAACAUCAGAUGGAGUUGACGAUGUCCUUGUAACUGGAUUAGUUACUAGACAGACCUGUAGGUUGGUGUUUAGGUGUUGAAUCCUCAGCAAAACGGUUAUAUAGGAGCUUCACUAUGAUCCCAGUAUUGCCAACAGUUCACGUGCUUUGAUUUACCAAAUUGUAUUUGUGAGUAUUUGGAGAGGCCUCCUUGUGCAGACAUCAAAUCAGAUGUUUAUUUUUUCAGAAAGCUUAUUUUGAUUCUGUAGUAGUAAGUAGGAGGGAAAACUGAUUUAGGGACAGUGAACCUUUUGUUGAUAUUUUGCUCGUGGAAAGUGGGGCCCGGUUAGGUUCAUUCAAGGAAAAAUGGAGUCAGUCAAGUACAGUGAUCAAACCAGGAUGCUAGAGUUCUGACAAGCAUCUGCAAGGCCAAAUGUGACCUUUUGUUUAGUGCCUUGUUGAAAUAUUGUUUGUGGAGUUUAUGUCCAUGAUGCAGUAAGUGUUGCCUCAUUCAACCUCACAACAACUGGUCUGCUAAUUGAAUGUAUUUGUGUAUGUUGAUACUGUGUGUAUUUUAUCGGUAUUAAUACAGAUUAGAGAAGAGAAAAAAAAUGUAUUCAGAUUUUCAUAAUGUAACAUUUUUAAUGACUUUUUCUUAUUUGUCAAUUUUACCACAAACUUUUUUAUAGCAUGUCUUUAUGAUGUUGGUGUACUACUUUGUUAGUUGCUUUUCUGGUUAUUUCUGUAGAUUGAUGUUGCAAGUGCUGGUUCCACAUUGUUUAAUUUUCUAAAUGUUGGAAGAUGGUUAUUUCAAUACUGUAUCCCAAUUCACAAACACAUGCUGUUGUACUGUAAAGUACUCUGUAAAAGAAUAACAAAUCAUUUCCUUGCACGUAUCCAGUGUAUGUGACAAUAAAACAUCUUAAUCAAACAA